UCUUAACUUAGAGUGCUUUUAUUGUGGCGUUGAUAAGAACGAACGUAUUCUUUGUGUUCUUGCAGUGGUGCUAAAUUUGUUGUUGAAGUUUCGUGCAGUGUUUAUGAAGACGCAAGUCCCGGCCUGAAAUCAGCAUGAAUAUAUCAGUGCUUUGGUGCGGGUCUGCACUUCUGCUACUCUGUUCGCUGGCAAUUGCCGAGGAUGACACAGUUGGCCCAGUCUACAUCAAGGAGCCUCCGAACAGGGUAGACUUCUCCAACACGACAGGUGCGGUAGUUGAGUGUUCAGCACGUGGUAACCCUGUACCAGAGAUCAUAUGGGUGCGAUCUGAUGGAACUGCAGUGGGGGAUGUGCCAGGACUCAGACAGGUUUUACCAAAUGGAAAUCUGGUAUUCCCUCCCUUCCGAGCAGAAGACUAUCGUCAAGAAGUCCACGCGCAAGUUUAUGUAUGUUUGGCAAGGAAUUCUGUUGGAUCAAUUCACUCCAGAGAUGUCAACGUGAGAGCAGCGGUUGCUCAGUUCUAUGUUACGGAAGCCGAGAAUGAAUAUGUGAUCCGUGGCAACAGUGCGGUGAUGAAAUGCAAGAUUCCGAGUUUCGUGGCAGAUUUCGUCUCUGUUGAAUCAUGGGUUGCAGACAGUGGACAGAUCCAUACUUACACCACAACAUCUGAUAAUUACGUGGUGCAUCAGUUCUACCAGAGCCGAGUCAUUGAUGAAUUUAUUCUUCGUGGCAAUACAGCAACUGUCAAGUGUUUGAUUCCAAGCUUCGUCGCGGAUUUCGUGCAAGUUGUUGAGUGGAUCACAGAUGAUGGCUCAUUUUCUGCAUCUCCUACAUCCGACACCGAUUAUGAUGGAAAGUACUUGGUGCUCCCUUCUGGAGAGCUUCAUAUUCGUGAUGUUGGACCAGAAGAUGGUUAUAAAUCUUACCAGUGUCGAACAAAGCAUCGCCUCACUGGAGAGACAAGACUGAGUGCAACUAAGGGUCGUUUAGUCAUCACUGAGCCUGUUGGAGCCAAAGCACCAACAUUUGCAAGUGACACGAAAGUUCUUUCAUUUGUGAGACAUUCUGGCAUUGGGUUUGGGCUGCUGUGUCAGGCUCAGGGGCACCCUGUGCCUACAUCUAGGUGGUACAAGUUCAUUGAUGGCACAAUGCGCAAACAAGCUGUAACACUGGAUGACAGAGUGAAGCAAGUGAGUGGCACACUCAUUAUCAAGGAAGCCAGAGUAGAUGAUUCUGGGAAAUAUCUAUGUGUAGUGAACAACUCUGUUGGAGGAGAGAGCGUUGAGACUGUUCUCACAGUGACAGCCCCACUUGCAGCCAACAUUGAGCCCACAACACAGACAGUAGACUUUGGUCGUCCAGCUGUGUUCACAUGUAACUUUGAAGGUAACCCCAUUAAGACGAUCAGCUGGCUCAAGGAUGGAAAAUCACUAAGUCAUGAGGAGUCAGUGUUGAGGAUUGAGUCAGUGAAGAAGGAGGACAAGGGCAUGUAUCAGUGUUUUAUUCGCAAUGACCAGGAGAAUGCACAGGCCAGUGCAGAACUGAAACUUGGUGGACGAUUUGAACCUCCUCAGAUUCGACAGGCAUUCAAAGAGGAGACCCUUCAACCAGGGCCAUCAGUAUUCCUUAAGUGUAUUGCAUCAGGUAACCCCACUCCUGAAAUAACAUGGGAAUUGGAUGGCAAGAAGUUGUCUAACAGUGACCGUUUGCAGGUUGGCCAGUAUGUGACAGUGAACGGUGAUGUUGUCUCUCAUCUUAACAUUUCAUCCAUACACACCAAUGAUGGGGGCCUGUACAAGUGCAUCGCUUCAUCCAAAGUUGGAUCAGUUGAACAUGCUGCCAAACUGAAUGUGUAUGGUCUGCCAUUUAUUCGCCCCAUGGAGAAGAAGGCUAUCGUUGCGGGAGAGAUGCUGAUUGUGACCUGUCCUGUUGCUGGCUAUCCUAUUGACACAAUUGUCUGGGAGAGAGAUGGACGUGUGCUGCCAAUCAACAGGAAGCAGAAAGUGUUUCCCAAUGGAACUCUUAUCAUUGAAAAUGUGGAACGGCUAUCUGAUCAAGCCACGUACACCUGUGUUGCACGUAACGCACAGGGUUACAGUGCACGUGGUACUCUUGAAGUUCAAGUCAUGGUCCUACCACAGAUUCUAGCUUUCUCAUUUGGCAAUGAGCCAGCGAAUGCAGGUGACAUGACAGUUGUUCAGUGUGCUGUCAUUAAGGGUGACUCACCAAUAACCAUCUCAUGGUUCUUCAAUGGUGUGGAGUUCACACCAGGCUACCAAGGCGUGCUUAUCGGAAAGAUGAGUCAGCGUAUCAGCACAUUGAGCAUUGAAGCUGUUAGGGCAAGGCACAGUGGCAAUUAUACCUGUAGAGCGAGCAAUGCUGCUGGCAAGACUGACCAUACAGCUCAUCUAAAUGUCAAUGUGCCACCAAGAUGGAUUCUGGAACCAACUGACAAAGCAUUUGCUCAAGGCAGUGAUGCAAAAGUUGAGUGCAAAGCUGAUGGGUUCCCCAGGCCCCAGGUCACUUGGAAGAGGGCUGCUGGUGAAACCCCUGGUGAUUACAAGGAUCUGAAACCAAACAACCCCAACAUUAAGGUGGAAGAUGGAACUCUGACUAUUAACAAUAUUCAGAAGACAAAUGAAGGUUAUUAUUUAUGUGAGGCUGUCAAUGGUAUUGGUUCUGGACUGUCAGCUGUUAUUCUCAUCAGUGUACAAGCACCACCACACUUCGAAAUCAAACUUAGGAACCAGACAUCACGACGCGGUGAGCCAACAGUAUUGCAAUGUGAGGCCCGUGGUGAAAAACCAAUUGGAAUUAGGUGGAAUAUGAACAACAAACGACUUGAUCCCAAGACUGACACCCGGUACACAAUGCGAGAAGAAAUACUUCCAAAUGGUGUUCUCUCUGACCUUAGCAUCAAACAGACAGAACGUACUGACUCAGCGCUGUUUACCUGCGAGGCAACAAAUGCAUUUGGAAUCGAUGACACCAGCAUCAACUUGAUCAUUCAAGAGGUGCCUGAAGUACCUUAUGGCUUGAGGGUGUUGGACAAAUCUGGACGUUCUGUUCAGCUGUCAUGGGCUGCCCCUUACGACGGCAAUUCUCCAAUCAAGCGGUACCUCAUCGAGUACAAGAUCUCUAGAGGCACGUGGGAAGCAGAUAUUGACCGGGUUUUGGUACCUGGGCAGCAGACAGUGGCUGGUGUGUUCAAUCUUAGGCCUGCAACCACGUAUCACUUGCGCAUCGUUGCUGAGAAUGAAAUUGGAACUUCAGAACCUUCUGACACUGUUCCCAUCAUCACUGCAGAAGAGGCUCCUGGUGGCCCAGCCACAGCUGUGAAGGUAGAAGCUGAAGACCAGCAUACACUCAAGAUCUCAUGGAAGCCUCCAGAGAGAGAUCAGUGGAAUGGCGAGAUUCUUGGCUACUAUGUGGGCUAUAAGCUUGCUUCAUCUGACAAACCAUACCUAUUUGAGACAGUUGAGUUCAGCAAAGAGGAAGGGAAAGAACAUCACCUGCAGAUCAGUAAUUUGAAGACAUAUACCCAGUACUCAGUAGUGGUUCAGGCUUUCAAUAAGGUUGGUCCAGGACCUAUGUCAGAGGAGACACGUCAAUAUACAGCUGAAGGAAUUCCUGAGCAGCCCCCUCAGGAUACUACAUGCACAACGCUCACCUCCCAAACCAUCCGAGUGUCAUGGGUCUCUCCCCCUCUCACUGCUGCAAAUGGCAUAAUCAAAGGCUACAAGGUUAUAUAUGGUCCAAGUGACACAUGGUAUGAUGAGAACAGCAAAGAUACAAAGAUAACGUCAUCAAGUGAAACUAUCCUCCAUGGUUUGAAGAAGUACACCAAUUACAGCAUGCAAGUUCUGGCCUUCACGUCAGGUGGAGAUGGUGUUCGUAGUGCUCCAAUCCAUUGCCAGACGGAGCAAGAUGUUCCUGAAGCUCCUAGUGCAGUGAAAGCACUUGUUAUGUCAGGAGAUUCCAUUUUGGUGAGCUGGAAGCCACCAGAGCAACCAAAUGGCAUUGUGUCACAGUAUACCGUGUAUGUGCGUGAGGACAGCGAAGAGGCUAAAGAUGAAGAACCAAAAGGCACAAAGGUUCCACCCUUCCAAAUGAGUUUUGAAGCAUCAGAUUUGAAGAAAAAGGAGCGCUAUGAAUUCUGGGUAACUGCAUCCACUAUAAUUGGUGAAGGCCAGCCAUCAAAACCUGUUUCUUUGUCUCCAAGCAACAGAGUUCCUGCAAAGAUUGCUUCAUUCGAUGACUCAUUCACGGCAACAUACAAGGAAGAUGUUAAGCUUCCAUGUCUUGCCGUGGGAAUUCCUGCUCCAGACAUUCAGUGGAAGGUGAAGGGUGUCGCCUUCCAACAGGAUGAUCACAUCCGCCAACUGCCUGAUGGCUCACUAUUCAUCAAGUCUGUGACACGUCAGGAUGCUGGAGAAUAUUCAUGCUCAGUGGAAAAUUCAUUUGGACAUGACACAGUCACUCACCAGCUUAUUGUUCAUGCUCCACCACACUCUCCACAGGUAUCCCUAACAUCAAUGACAACCAACUCAAUUACCAUGAAGUUGCGCCCACAUUUUACUGAUACAGCCCCUCUGCAUGGUUACACGGUUCAUUACAAACCUGAGUUUGGAGAUUGGGAGACUGUGCAAGUCUCAAAUCAAGCUCAGAAGUAUACAGUUGAGAACCUAUGGUGUGGAUCACGUUACCAAGUCUAUGUUACAGGAUACAAUAGCAUUGGUACAGGAGAACCAUCAGACAUUUUGAACACACGUACUAAAGGCUCCAAACCCGUGAUCCCAGAGGCAGGUCGCUUCAUUGAGGUUUCUACCAAUAGCAUCACACUACACUUGAGUGCAUGGUCUGAUGGGGGCUGCCCUAUGCUUUACUUUGUUGUGGAACACAAGAAGAAACUACAGACAGAAUGGAAUCAGGUGUCCAACAAUGUGAAGCCUGGUGGAAACUUUGUCGUACUGGACCUGGACCCUGCCAACUGGUACCAUCUGCGUGUCACCGCACACAAUAAUGCUGGAUUUGCUGUUGCAGAAUAUGAAUUUGCCACACUUACCAUAACUGGAGGAACCAUUGCACCUCCUGAACAAGAUAACACAUCAGUUAACCAGUAUUUCCCCUGGGUACCAGAGUGGUUGGACCUCAACAUUGUUGUGCCUAUAGGGGCGACCGUAGUGGUCAUCAUAGUGGGUGUUGUUGUGAUAUGUGUGGCCCUGUCACGACGGUCUCGGGGUCCUGAACAGACCCGUCUCAGAGAUGAUGUGGUAUACAACCAGUCAGCUGGUGGAAACUCUACAAUGGAUAAGCGACGCCCAGAUCUUCGUGAUGAGCUUGGUUACAUCGCUCCUCCAAACCGCAAGCUGCCGCCUGUGCCAGGCUCCAACUACAAUACAUGCGAUCGCAUCAAGAGAGGUACAGUAAUAAGUAUGGAAGAUGAGAUCUGUCCCUACGCGACAUUCCAUUUGCUGGGAUUCCGUGAAGAGAUGGACCCUAACAAGGCAAUGCAGUUCCAGACAUUUCCACACCAGAAUGGACAUGAACGUACUCACAGUGGUACCAUUGGUCCCAUGGGCCCCAGUGGGAUGGCUGGAAAUGGGCACAUCCAUCAGCGCAGUGGAUCUCAGUCCAUGCCUCGAGCCAAUGGGCGUUACUCUCGAGUAGGCAACCAGAAUGGUCCUGCCAACUGUGUACCCGGACCAGAGUAUGAUGAUCCUGCCAACUGUGCUCCAGAAGAGGAUCAGUAUGGCAGCCAGUACGGCCAGUAUGGUGCUCCGUAUGAUCAUUAUGGCAGUCGAGGCUCUGUCAGCCGACGUAGCGUAGGUUCUGCCCGUAACCUACCUUUGUCUGGGAGCCCUGAACCUCCUCCACCACCUCCAAGGAACCACGAUCCUAACAGUUCAUCCUUCAACGACUCGAAAGAAAGCAACGAGAUCUCAGAAGCUGAGUGUGACCGUGAUCAGCUUGUAAAUCGCAACUAUGGAGUAAAUGUCAGGGCCAACAGCAAGGACUUGACUACAGAGGAAAUGAGAAAGCUCAUAGAGAGGAAACCAAACGAAGCAGGGCACCAAAAUGGACUCACAGUCACACCCUACGAUACUGUGGCAGUGUAACCUUUAGUUCCAGACGCAAGAGAUACAUCUGUGCCAUCGUCUGCUGCAAAUGUAACCAGGAAUUGUCAGUUAAGCUCUUUAUUCCUGACAUCAGAUUCUGUUUUCCAUAAGGGUUACAUUCCUGAUUCCAUUUUGCAACAUAUUCAAAUUAUUGUUUUGUCUUAUUUUAAUAUCUGUUUUUUUAUUGAUGUAACUUUCUAAACAGUAACAUGAUGUGUCCAUGUUCCCAUGUAGUUAGGGGAAGGUGAUUCGUAUGAUACUCUGGCAGAUCUCCAUGAUAUUUGCUUUUGAGUUUGAUUUAAAUGAAAGCUCAAACUUUGUGACAUGUGAUAUUUUGUCAUGUAUGUAUGUUUAAGUGUCACCCCCCCCCCCCCAAAAUGACAAUGCUUGAAUAUAAUGAAGUGUAAUCAAUUUUUGAAAUUAUCAGAUUUCAUCUAAACUAGCUUCAUGUACCCACCAUGAUGGUACAGUGCUUUGAUUUGUUUACGUCAUGUUCUCUGUGUCAGUCUUAUGGCAUUAUAUACUCUACUACUAUUGUUAGCGUUUAGCGUGUAAUGUUUUUUGUCAUGAUCUGCGCAACCUCAUUGGUUAGUGUGGUCAUGAUUAUUUAAGCACGAUAGUCAUCGAAUCCUUUUCCAAUGUUUUGAAUGAAACCUGCAAAGAGACAGUUCUUGCUGUAGGAAUGUGAGAUUUUGUUAGCUUUGCUGAGUAGAGUUUUGUUUUGUUAUCUGUAUUGUAUAAUAGUAAUGUGUCGAGUUCGUACUUUCCAGGAUUGUUCUUGUACGCAGUAGACCAAAUGUUUCAUGAAUGUGGGAGCGCCCUAAUUUAAUCACAUGUCGUAAAAGUUAAGCAGAAAGCAUUCAUUAUAUUAUGCAUGCAAAAUACAUAGCAAGAACCAUAUAUUAACAAAAAUAAGCUUCUAGCAGAAGUCACGUGGCUAUAUUACUAUUUACAGAAUAUAGUAAGCGCUUUGAAAGUGUGUUUAAACGUUUUAGAUAAUACUGUGUUUUACAUAUUCUUCGAGACAACAAUAUUCAUAUAGUGUUCUUUUUUCUGUGUGUUUGUAUUUAUGUGGGUUGUAAACAUUUAAUGACUGACUUUUCAGGAGUUUCUUGCAUUACAUGAGUAUUUUAUUUUGUAUAAUUAGGAUUUUAAUAGUUUCUAGAUAGAGUUUCUAGUAUAUUACUUCAUUUUUAAGUUUUAAUAAUUGAAUGAUUAGAUGUUUUCAUUUGUACAAUUAAAUUUUUGGAGUGUAGGUUACGCCACUCGGUGAUGCAAGAGAUCUGAUAAGCAAGAGAACGAAAAGCCAAAAUAUUUGUAUGGAAAGAGUUCUUGAAACGUUUUAUUUGAUUAUAAGCCUUUCAAAUAAUGUUAGGUUUUCUGUUCCCUGUGUUUUGGGGACUACCAUAUUAAGUGUGAAAUGAGCUAUUUGUACCAAAGUUGUAGAAGUAAUGAAUUUUUGUGUUAUUAAAGAUUUACAGUCAAACCCUUCUAA